AUGAUCACAAGAUCCAAAGCACGACUAAUUUCCUCGUCCACCCUCCUAUGCCUCACCAUCUUGUUCUCGGCUCACGUCAUAACUGCGAUCAAUACACGAUGCCCCGAAGAGAUAAACAUAAACAAAACACUCUUUUAUGCGACUACCAGUACCUCGAAAGGAAUUGCCAUUGCAAGAUACGAACACAUCGGAAAAGAAGUUAUGUGCUGGUUCCCCAUUCACUGUCCGUUGGGACACAUACGCUUUGAACAAUCCACGCUACACACAAGUUCAACACUAUGCGGCGAAACGUGUAAAUGUCCACAAUGGGCAACUUCAUGCUCUUUCAGCACAGGAUCAAGUACAACAAUAUCAGGACUGGAAAUGAUACCUCAAGCUCUCCGCGAAUAUCGUCCUUCCUAUGUGUGCUCCUUCAACUUCUCCUCUGAUUGCGAUUCUACCAAGAAAAUGGAAAUCUUCAAUCAAAUUCAGCUUUUCGAAGACAACAUUUUAGUCGUAGAAAAACUCACCCUAAGCAUCAAGGACUACCUGGACAAAUACGACUUUGUCUGCGUUGACCGCAAAGGAUGGAGACGACGUCCAAACAGAUACAUGACAGGAACAUCGCUUUUUUGCGAGAAACACGAAUGCCGACAAAAUGCAUGCCUAUUUUGCACAUACGACAGCCCCCUCGCGCUUCUAGUCAUCGAUGAGUCACAAGACGCUACGCUAGGAUCAAUACCAAUCAAAGCAUGGGGAUCAGUGAUGAAAGUUUACUACGAAUACCAAGCAAUCUCACUUACCUCGAAAACCAACGAAGAAACGAACAGACAUGUUCUAGCAGAUACAACUUCGCGAAACUUCACUUCUUCAGCACAAGAAGAAACACUUCUUUCGUCAAUAGAAUGCAUUCAAGGUGGACUCUCAAUAUUAAGUGAAAUCACAUUUGAUGUCCUGGAAGCUUGCAUUAGGCAAUACUGCGUGUUUGCACAGAAAGUCAGAGAUCAACCUAUCAUCUUUCCAAACUCUGUCAUCAUGUAUGACUACACGGCUUCAAUUAAAGCCUGGACGGAUGGAAAGCUUGUUCAAGCAACACGACUAUCUUGCAAAGCACAUCAAAUAUGUGAAACACUACACUGCAUCUUUUGCUGGGAACGAAUGUACAAUCCCCAAUGUUGGACAACUGAGCAGAUCAUCACCAUCAUUUGUUUUGCCAUCAUGAUCAUCAUUUCACUACCAUGGCUUUGCUUACUUUGCAAGAUCUUCUGUCUCCUCGUACGAGUGACUUGUUUCAUCUUUUCUACACUGAACCCCUUCAACCGGCUGACAAGUUCUCUGUGCCGAAAACCACCAAACCCAAUGAUGUACACCAAUCGCCGAAAACGACUUCGCAGUCGGAAAUCGUCCAAAUUUUGCGUCAUGUGCCUGAUAGCACUCAUCCCACACACUGACGGAUGCUCGCAGGUCAUCUCAAUAAACGCCCACGAAGAAGUAUGUACAAUCACGGACAAUGCCGAAACCUGCACUUAUAACGAAGCUACGGUAAUCACACUACAACCUCUGCAACAGGAAACUUGCCUUGCAACCAAAGAUCGCAGCAACAAACUUGUUGCAGUAAUUUCACUCAAAGUGGACAACAUCCAAUUCCGAUGCCAGAAGAAUGUAGAAUUCUUUACAAGAGAUCAUAAAUUGAUCUCAGAAUCCAUUCAUCAGUGCUAUCUUGCAGGUAGCUGCGUAGAAAACGCCUGUGAGAACACUUCACCUUCCGAUCAACUGAAGGGAUUCUCACACACAGCAAACAAUAGCCCUGGAUGCACCUUUUGUUCCCAGAGUUGCGGAUGUAUAACUUGCGAGGGAUGCUUCUUCUGCCAGCCAAGCUGUCUCUUCUAUCGCAUCUACGCAUUACCGACUAGCCAUACUAACUAUACCGUUUUCAACUGCCCAAGCUGA